AUGGCAUCUAAUAAGCUACCGAUGCUGUCGCCUUUAGACACGGGCAGUAUGCGUAGUGUGAGUGGUGGAGAAGCGUCAGUGGGAGAGACGCCACUAGGCUUAGGGUUUCAGUCUGAAAGGACAUUCCCGUUGUAUAUUUGUAUUACUGAGUAUACGAAGCGUAUGGAUGAUGAAUUGGACAUGCGUCCCGGUGAUAAGAUCCAGGUGAUUACCGAUGACGGGUCUUACAAUGAUGGAUGGUACUUCGGUAAGAAUCUAAGGACUCAAGAAGAGGGUCUUUACCCGAAAGUGUUUACACAGGUUAUUGCCAUGGAACGGAAGCCAGAGCUGAUGAGGGCAAAAAGCUCUAAACGUAUCGCCAGUCCUCUGGCAACUGGUAGCACUACUAACUUGUCGUAUAGAUCUAAGGAUGGUUCCACAAGCGAGUUGCCUACUCCUCAACCACUAGAAACUGCUCAGCCAGCUAUGUAUAGAAGGUUUGACGCUUUCAAGGGGCCUCAGUCGAUUAACGACAUGAAUGAGAAGAUAAAUGGCAACUCAGAUGUUAGAGACAGCAGUCGUGAAGCUAAGGCUCCUCCAGUUGACCGUAACAUAUCUAUGAAGAGUACAAUGAGUGAUAUCGACAAGGCGUUAGAAGAAUUAAGAGGUGACUCUUUUCCUUCCAGCAAUAACUCAUCGGACGAAUUGCAACAACAGCAAUCACAAAAACAGAAAAAACCAUAUUUGUCAAGAGUUGCCUCGGGCUCCUCUCUGGACUAUGUUCCCAGCAACAAAGUCAAUGAGGCAAAAGAACUUCGCCCAGAAGAUGUGAAGAGUUGGACACCAGAACAGGUCACCGCAUAUCUUAUUUCUACCGGUUUUGAUGUGGAGUCUGCCUCCAGGUUCCAAAAACACAAAAUAUCGGGUACCAUCCUGUUGGAAUUGGAGUUGGCACACUUGAAGGAGUUGGAAAUACAUUCAUUUGGUACCAGAUUUGAAAUUUUCAAAGAGAUUGAAGCAUUGAAAGAGAUAUCUACAAGAAGUAAUGCAUCAUCGACAACUUACGGUAAUAAGAGAGGUAGUCUCAUGCCAGCUGCUUCUUUUGAUCAAAAUGUGGAAAUUAAUGUUACUUCACCUCCAAAACAUGAAACACCUACUUAUCGUGGUCAUCUGAGGAAAACAUCACAGUCAAUGGAAGAACUGGGUUCAAACUCGACCCCUACUCCAAAAAGUUAUACAACCCCAUCUUCUACCGUUCUGACGAAGAGCUCUCAAAAACCAAGGCCGGCAUCGCUACUGUUCACUAAUGAGACAACCAAGGCUCCAGAUAUCACAGAAGAGGUAUUUGCUUCUCCAAGAAGGGCACCAAAGCCUCCAUCAUAUCCAUCUCCUGUUCAACCUCCGAAAUCACCAAUGGUAGACAGUGCUGGUUCAGGCUCUAGUUCAAGUGGAAGAUUCUUGUCUCCUCAACCAGUUGUAACAAAUCAAGGCUCGAAAUACGCACACCCUACGAUUUACGAACAGGUCACUGAUGGGAAAUCAAAAAUUCGUGCAGAUCAAGAAGUGCAAGAUCUGACAACUCAGGGAUUCGAGUUUCCUCCAAAGAAGAAACAAGGACCAUCAUCUAGUAUGCCCAGUCUUCCAAACCCUUAUAACAAAGAAUCUGACCCUAUGGCCUCUAAUUCAAGCACUAAUGCAGCGGAAAAUCGUAAUAGUGUUAUCUACACUAGACACACUAAAACCAAGUCUGGUGGAUCCUUCGUUGAGCUAUUUAACAGAAUAUCAAUGUUAUCUGAAACUACUGAAGGCAAAAAUGCCGAUCGUGAUCACGAUAUUGGCUCCGAAGCUAAUGUAAAUAAAGAAAGGCCGACAUCGAGUGUUUAUGGGCACUCAAGGUCCGCCUCAUACACCGCUUCUCAUAAUAGAAAAGCUUCACAAGCAUCUAAUUCGGAAAAGAAACACAGAAGAAAUUCAUCACUGUUGUCGUUCUUCAAAGAAAAGGAUGAACGUAGUGAGAGCGAAAACACAGGGAAUAAAGGUUCAAGACACGGGUCUGUUUCUCAUAGUAGAAAGAACUCUUUUGUCAGCCCUUACAAAACUAUAAACAAUGGAACACCAAGCCAACGACACUCCAUGCUAUUGAGUACUUCCCCUAUUAAAGAUCUGCCACCCCCACACACCCGUAAAGAAAGCAAAAGACGCUCUGUUAGUGCAAAGGAUCCGUCUACCGAAAUAUUUUAUGACGCUAAAGAUUCUCUGCAUGACAUUGAAGUUAACCAAAAUCGGUCCAUUAGUGAAUCCAGUAAGCCAAAGACUACUCGCGGUACGAGUACGAAAUCUAUGGGAAAACAAAAAACUACUGCUUUCACGGAAGGUAUUCGUAGUAUUUCUGUUUCUGAAGCGAUGCGUGAAGCUGACUGUUCAGGUUGGAUGAGCAAAAAAGGUACUGGGGCCAUGGGUGUGUGGAAGAAUAGAUUUUUCACUUUGCAUGGUACUAGACUAUCUUACUUUGCAAAUACCACAGAUAAGAGAGAGCGUGGUUUAAUUGACAUUACUGCACAUAGAGUUCUUCCUGCUAAAGAAGAUGACAAGUUUGUUUCUUUAUACGCUGCUAGUACUGGUAAAGGUCGGUACUGCUUCAAACUAGUUCCUCCCCAACCAGGAUCUAAGAAAGGGCUUACAUUCACUCAACCUCGUGUUCAUUACUUUGCUGUUGAUACUAAGGAAGAAAUGAGGGCUUGGAUUGCCGCCUUAAUAAAGGCAACUAUAGAUAUUGAUACUUCUGUUCCUAUAAUCAGCUCUUGUGCAACACCCACUGUCUCACUAUCAAAGGCUCAAGAAAUGCUGACUCAAGCUCGUGAAGAAACAAGAAUUAGGGAGCAGCAGAAGCCUCUUAAUGAGCAUGAUGAAGAAUGGGAUCAAUUAAGAACUGACCAAACGCAGAGUUCGGAAGAUUUUGGUAACCUGUCCUCCCCUAGUAUCACGCAUAAUACAACUAUAACUUCUGGUCUAACAAGUCCGUACCUGAUGGCAGAUAAUCUGGGACCAAAUUCAACAGCUGCUACCGGAUAUUCCGCCAAUGGUCUGAAAUCACCAAAUCCUCAAGGUGGUGAAUAUUUUGGCCUGGAUCCUAAAUUCCAGAUCAACCGUAUCUGA